AUGGAUAACACCGGUAUUCUCUGUGCAGUUAUGCUCGAUACCAAACAAUGUCUAAUUCUUCUAAGUGUUUAUGCAUCUGAUAUGGAUCUAAUUUUGGCUUCUAUGGCAGUGGAUUGCUCUCCUGUGAGUUCAGUAGCUGCAAACAAAGCUUCUUUUGUAAAUACAUCAACUUCUGGGUCGCAAAAAAUACAUGUAAAUAAGAUGGUGCGGACAGAUUCACAAGAUCCUUCUGGGAGGAUGCAUGCUUAUCUGCAAGCUAAGCCUUCUAGACACCAUGAAAGCAAUUCUGGUUUGAAUUCUUUGAGGUCUUCCAUCAGACAUAGAAGGAAUCCUAAGGAAACUGCUGAUCUUACAAGUGUUCAGGAACUUAUUAAUGAAUUUGAACGUGGUUGUCACUCUGGUCUUUUGGACACUGUAAGGAACUGCACAUAUGUUGGUAUGGUUGAUGAUGAUUUUGCUCUCCUUCAACAUAAUACUCAUCUAUAUCUUGCCAAUGUUGUAAAUUUGAGCAAAGAGCUCAUGUAUCAACUGGUUCUGCAAGGAUUUGGUUACUUCAAUGCAAUACAGUUAAGUGAGCCUGCUCCAUUGCAAGAACUAAUCAUGCUGGCACUAAUUGAAGAAGAUCCAGAUUCACAAGGCAUGAAUGCCAAGCUACUAAGCGAGAAAUAUGAAUUGCUGGAUGAAUAUUUUGGCAUUCAUGUGGAUCCACAAGCCAAUUUGUCAAGGCUUCCUGUCAUACUUGACCAGUACACACUUGACAUGGACCGUGCUCCAGAAUUUCUUCUUUGUCUGGGAAAUGAUGUGACAUGGAAUGAUGAGAAAGUUUGCUUUCAAACAAUUGUUGCUGCUCUAGGAAACUUCUAUGAUAUGCAUCCACCUCUAUUGCCAAAUCCAUCAGGUGAAGGAGUUUCAGAUUUUUAUAAAAGACAAGGGAAAGGAAAUGUUUUAGGAGAUAAUGUUUUGACCUUUUUCAGGUUGAGUGGUCUGGAUGCCAUUAGUCUUGGAAAUGAAGUAGAAGAUGGACUUAUUGCUGCUGAUCCUAACCUUUCAUCUUUAGUUUUAUGUGGUAAAGAUUUUUGUGAUGCAAAUGGUAUAAAAAACAAUCACAAGUGA